AUGGAGAUUAUAAGUGAAAAAGAUAUAUAUACUUGGUGUACAGACCAAGGUGUAAAUGUUAAAAGUAGUAUAGGUAUAGCGGGAAAUUUUACCAAUAUAUCAGAUGAAGAGGUGAUUAAAGAGGUGAAUAAAUUGUGUGGGAUAAAAUCUCCAGUUAUAGUAGACAAAUGGAAAGGAGCUUUAGGGGAAACUUGUGCGGUUUUAAUAAAUAAUCUGAAUUAUUUAGAUGCUUCUUUGAUCCCUAUUAAUGUUUUAGUCGAAAGUGUACCAGGGAGAAGGUGGAUUAUAAUCUGGCCUAGUCAGGUAGUUAUAGGGGAUGAAGAAGCCCCGGAAGCUCCUGAGAAUAAAGAUAGAAAUCGCAGGAGUCAUCAGAGUAUGAGUGACUCUUCACAAGCUAAUCUACCUAAUAAUGAUCAUAUAGAGCCCCAAGUAGAAGCAGUCAUGGAUAAGGUAGUAAGUCACUUUGAAAGGUGGCAUUAUGAGGGUGGUUAUAGGAGGUUAAGGGUUUUUUCAGGGAUUCUUCCCGUACCCACGGGAGAAGAAAGUUAUGAUGUUUGGAGAGAAGCAGCGGUACAACAUUCAGAGGAGUGGAGAUGCCCUGAACAUAUAAAAAAACAGAGGAUUGUGGAGAGUCUCCAAGGUCCAGCUAUGGGGAUCAUACAUGCCACACGUAGAAGCCAUUCUCAAGCAACUUUAAAAGAUUACUGCACUGCUUUAGAUUUUUCAUUUGGUACAAUAGAAGAAGUAGGGGACAUACUGUCUCGACUCCAUCAUACUUACCAGGAACCAAAUGAGACUUUUACGGACUACAUCUAUCGCUUGGAUAAAAUCCUUUAUAAACUUCUAGACAAAGGAGGGAUUGAACAGGGAGAAAUCGAUGAAAGACGCUUGAAACAUGUUUUAAGAGGGGCUUUAGCCAGUAAUCCAGUAGCUCAAAGACUGAGGUGCAGUGUGCCCAGAACCCCUCCUCCAACCUGA